AUGCCUAAAAAGAUAAAGCAAAAAAAUAAUAAACUUGAAAAUAAUGACAACUCAAAUAGUAUUCUCAAACCAACUUACCCUCCCACUUUAAUAGCAAAUGAUCUCAUCAAAAAUGCCAUUAAACCCAACAAACCUAACAAAAGUAGAGCAAUAACAUUUCCAAACGCUUUUAUCGCGUAUAGAAUGGCAUUAAUCAAAGAAUAUCGUAAUAAGAACAUUACAUUACCCCGUAUGGGCCAACUUUCUAAACUUGCAAAAAAUUCAUGGGAGGAAGAAUCAAAAGAUGUCAAAGAAUUUUACAAUAAGCUAGCUGAGGAUGUCAAAUCUUUGUAUAAGCAAAACAACAUUCAAAUUAUAUUUGAUAAGCAUAUGGUAGUAAAUGAUCAACAAAACGCGAGGGGUGCAGAAUCGGCUUACGUCAAUCAUGAUACCGAGGUAUUUCCUGUCGGUACCUUUACGCAAAAUUCAUCAAGUGAGUAUCUUCCAAAGGAUUCUUCUAUAAAUUAUAACUUUUACGAAGAUCCGUAUGGACAGAAUUCAUCUGAUCGGGAAUUACUUUAUAUACUUGAUUUUCAUUUCAAAAUUGAUACAAAUGAAUAUAUUUAG